AUGGGAGAUAAAAAGAUAUACAAGCUGGUUGAGAACCACAAAAUAAUAUGCUGCAGAAAUAAGGAAGAUUGCAACUCCAGCAUACAAGAUGAGGAAUCAGCGCUCGAAAAAACCAUAUCUGAACUGAUGGACGACUCAGAAAUAAAAAAAGUACAUAUUGCGAAAAUGAAGAAUGAGUCUCAGAAACUCAUUAUGGAAGCUACCAGGGCUGAGGAAGAACUUGAAAGAAUAAUCAAACUGCAAGAGAAGAUCAUUAUAGAAUUUAGAAAGGAAUUAUGUAAACUCAAAGAGAUGGACGAGUCAGUGGAGCUGACUAAACUGUCCUUGCUGAGAGUGAAGACAUGCCUCGACCCAAGGAAUGCCACGGAGACUACGAGAAGGAAGAUCCAGCUCAUCCAGAAGCGACAAUACGUGGGAGUCCAGGUCUACACUUGCCUCGUCGUGGUGCAGCAGUUCAUCCAGUACUGCGGAAUGCACUUCCAUACCAGCAGCGUCGCAGGAGGCCUAGGAAAGUACGUCCAUUACGUCUCUGCCGAGACGUGUCUCAAAGCUUAUCAGUUCCGGCACUUGGAUUUUCGAGGAAUAGGCGGCGGCAUCAUCAGCAAGAUCAGCCUCAACGGGACCACGGAAGUAUCAACAACCCUCCAAGGACACCUCGACAUAAGCGGAAAAUGCGAAGGUAUCAAAUUCACCGUCGGAGAUACCUCGUACGAAAACGUCGUCGUGUCGGCCGCGAUAACAAUCAAGAUGUCCGAUUAUUUCACUACCGCGGAUGUCGAACGUAAUGUCGUGAAUCUUCGUUCGGGAACCAUAUGUCCUUAUAAUGAUGGAUCCUGUUUUGAUGACUUCUCCGGAGAGGCGAUAUGGAAAGAAAAAAUCGCUGAUCACUGCACAAACAGUGGAGUCGAUGUGCUUUAUGAAGGAAAUGCAACAUUGCUCAUAUUAGCAAGGAUCCAAAAACAUUUUACAAUCGAGGGUAAAUGGGUAGAAUUGACACCUGCCUUGAGGAAAGCCGAUCCAGCUAUCGAACUGGAUGCUAACACCGAGGACGAAAUCGUGAAGUUGGCCAGGAUAUCACCUAUCACGUCGGAUGGUAUUUAUACCCGGGAAGAUAUGGAAAAGUUCCAACGCACGCUCAUGUUCCCGAACGAAAAAAAAGCCGUCACGAACGAAGUCGCGCGUCGCGUAACAGGAAGAGGAAGGAGAGAGAGAGAGAGGAAGACAAGUAAGGAAUGGCUGGAAGAGCAUAAAUGGGAAAAAGUAGCAGUACCAACAUACGAGGUGGAUACUCAAACGGCAGAAACCAGUACGCCGAGUACCAAUGUGGAAACAGCGAAUGAAACAAGGGCGCUCGAGAUAGAACAAAGGGAAUGCAGGGACAGACGCAUAGCAAUUGAAAGAACAGAAAAAAGACUGAAAGAAAGGGAGGAAACCCUGAAGGAAACCGAGGAAAAGCUACGAGAAAAGGAGAUAGCUCUGGAAGAAAUGGAGAAGAGGCUAAAGGACAUGGACAAACUAAUAACAGAAAGGGAAGAGAAAAUCUCGCGAGCAACGAUGGGAAAAAGAGCAGCCGAAAAACCUGUGACCACAUUGAAGGGCAUGAACUCCCUAGAGAAAUGGCGAACAAUUGCACACAAGAACUGGGACGAACGACUAUGGGCAAACACGGAAACCAAGAAGGGGAACCCGAUACAGACCAAGGAUGAAGUGGUCAAAGUCGUACUAGUGAACAAGCAACAGCUAGAUAUGAACCUAGGCAUUCAAAGGCUGUAUAGGGAACGGUAUCCAGAACUACUCUCUGUAACGGAGGACUUUGACAUAAUGGAGCAAUCGACUAAAAUGCGCUCUAAAGAUGGAUACGUCCUUUCUAGAAGGAAGAUCGUCAAAAUCACCCACGAUGGAACGGAGGACGAUACGUGGAAUAAGCUAGUGAGCCUUAAAGCCGAGACGACUGGCACUGAUUGGGUUGCACUACACAAAGUCAAUCAUAUUAAGCUGGACAUAUUCAGGAAGAUGGUGGAAUGUAUAUUCCAUGAUACAAACACCAAAGUAGUCAUCUACACCGACCAGGAGCCGAAGCCUGACCACAACCCAAAAACGCCAAUGGAAAGAAGUACUUAUGCACUAGUAGUCAACACUGACGCAGACAACUACAAGAAUACGCUGCGGACAGUCAAAGACUCGAUCCAAGGCAACGAGGCCUGCAGCGCGGUCAAGAGCAUAAAAAGCACCAGAGAAGGGAAAUUAUUGAUCACAGUAGACAAAGACCAGCGCAAACUCGACCAAUUGGAAGGACUAAUCAGGGAAGUCACAGGGAGCACAAAAAUCAGGAAAAUGGGGGAAACAUUCCAAGAGAUCCUGCAUAUCAGGGGCAUGGAUGCAGAAGUCAAAAAACAUGAAGUAGCAGAGGCCAUCGAGAAACACCUAAGCGAAGACCAGAUGAGCAAAUAUGCACUCAGUGAACUCCGCCCGAAUGCGAGGAACACACAGGCCAUAACUGUGACGACAAAUAAGGUGAACGCGGAAAAACUGCUUGCAGCGGGAAAGAUUAGGAUCGGCAUAGGCAAAUGCGACAUAACAAGAAAAGUCGACAUCAAAAAGUGUAGGAGGUGCUGGGGACUCGACCACUUAGCAACAGAAUGUAGCGGACCGGAUAGAACCAGACACUGCUUCAAUUGCGGAAAGGCAGACCACUCCUCAAGGGACUGCAAAAACGAGGAGAACUGCCCAAUGUGCGAGGCAGAUGGAAAGGAGGCAGAUCACAAUGGGACAAAAAUGAGCGAAGAGAAGGAAAUUUCAAAAUAUGAAUGGGAGAAUGUGAAAGACCCUACCAAAAGAAGACAAUCGCUGCAGAGAACACCAACGAAGACUAGAACGGACCUGGAAAAGGGUCAAGGUCCUAUAGGAGGACAAUCAACAAGAGACAGAAUUGACUCAGCUCCAACCGACAAUUCGGAAUACAUGACCCCAGGAAGAAGCACAGGAGAGCAAACACCCGAGGGGUACAUGGAUGAGGAACUAGGCAAGAGCCUUAGUUAUGAAUAA